UUAUAUCUUUAUCAAUUACGGAUACAUUAUUUUGGUUAUUGUUUCAGUUGUCAGUUUGAUUGUGUAAUAGUUGGAAUAGUUUUGCACUCUUCCUGGUUUUAGUUCACACCAUGUUCCAUGAGUUAAGAGGAUUUUUUUGUCGUCUGCAGAAACUCGCUGUCUGAAGAAUUCGAUAGCAACAAACGCGAUACAGUCAAAGUACAGAGCAGUUUGUGUAUGGCUGCUUUGCGUGUACCAGUUGAUUCGUAGAACUUCUAGGUUGGAACAGCUGAUGGUAGUCUUUUUUAGGAUGAUAUCGAAUUUCAACCUACAGUGUUAAUUCUGUGCAGCCAUAACUCGCUCAUCGAUAUUAUAACGUUUGGAGGCGGUGCGGCGAUGGUAGACUACUACUGUAACAUUUGUUAUUUCGUCCGAUGGUACAUUGUAACUCGCCAGAACAUUUAGCGUUACAUUGUAGCUAAAGUUUUCUAUCGCCUCUAAACUUCGUCUUGUUCGUCGUGUCAAACAAUAGAGAUAUUUGUGAAGUAGGCUAAUGCCGAAGCGAGUCUCGGGGAGAACUCGAACUUCCGUUUCUCGCUCAACAACGGAUACGGACGAUUAUCAUCACCCCAACAACAUGAGAAGUCGAAGCAACUCGGGAGUGAAACUGGACAACUAUGCCCGGAUAGUGCAUCAAACCAUACUCCGACAUCAAGACCCAGUCACAGGUCUCCUCCCAGCCAGUGGAGAUCAGCCUGAUGCCUGGGUGAGAGACAACGUGUACAGCAUCCUGUCUGUCUGGGCUCUCAGUCUGGCCUACAGGAAGAAUGCAGACAGAGAUGAAGACAAGGCUAAGGCCUACGAACUGGAACAGAGUGUGGUGAAACUAAUGAGAGGUGUUCUACAGUGCAUUAUGAGACAGCUGGACAAGGUGGAGAAGUUUAAGUACACUAAGAGCACCAUGGACUGCCUCCAUGCUAAGUACAACACCAGGACCUGUGCUACCGUGGUGGGGGACGAUCAGUGGGGACACCUCCAAGUGGACGCUACCUCUCUGUUCCUGCUGUUCCUCGCUCAGAUGACUGCCUCAGGACUCCAUAUCGUCUACACUCAAGAUGAGGUGGAUGUGGUACAGAAUCUCAUGUUCUACAUCGAGGCAGCUUACAAAGUGGCUGACUACGGGAUGUGGGAGCGAGGAGACAAGACGAACCAGGGGAUCCCUGAGCUCAACGCUAGCUCCAUCGGCAUGGCUAAAGCAGCUCUGGAGGCCCUGGAUGAACUGAACCUGUUUGGAGCCGGAGGAGGACCAGGGUCUGUGGUGCACGCUCUGGCUGACGAUAUACAGCACUGUCAGUCCAUCCUCAACUCCAUGCUUCCCAGGGCAUCUAUGUCUAAAGAGGUGGAUGCAGGGGUUCUGUCCAUCAUCUCGUACCCGGCCUUCGCUGUAGAGGACAUCUCUAUAGUCAACAUCACCAAGGAGAAGAUCAUAUCCAAACUACAGGGUCGAUAUGGAUGCUGUCGGUUUCUCAGGGAUGGACACAAAACACCUAAAGAGGACCCCAACCGUCUAUACUAUGAGUCUGCUGAGCUGAAGCUCUUUGAGAACAUAGAGUGUGAAUGGCCCCUGUUCUGGACCUACCUCAUACUGGAUGGCGUAUUCACCAACAGCCCAGAACAGGUCCAGGAGUACAGGGAUGCUCUGGAGGGGAUUCUGAUCAAGCAGAAGGACGGGAUCUGUCUACUACCAGAGCUCUACAGCGUUCCACCUGAUAGGGUGGAUGAGGAGUAUGUAAACCCCCACUCUGUGGAGAGGGUCCCUCUGGGGAAGCUCCCUCUUAAGUGGGGUCAGUCCCUCUACGUCCUGGGAAGUCUACUGGCAGAGGGUUUCCUGGCCCCUGGAGAGAUAGAUCCUCUCAACCGACGUUUCUCCACCAUCCCCAAGCCAGAUGUGGUGGUGCAGGUGUCUAUCCUGGCAGAGAACGAGGAGAUCCAGGAGUUGUUGAUGAAGAAUGGGAUAGAGGUGGAGACAAUAGCUGACAUACACCCCAUCCACGUCCAACCUGCUAGAGUCCUCAGCCACAUUUACGCUCGACUCGGACGUAACCAGAGACUGGGGCUGACUGGUAGACCCUACAGGAGGAUUGGAUGUCUAGGAACUUCUAAGUUCUAUGUCAUCCGCAACACCAUCUUUGCCUUCACGCCACAGUUCAUAGAUCACCAGCAGUUCUACUUGGCGUUGGACAACCAGAUGAUUGUUGAUAUGCUUCGUACAGACCUGUCCUACCUCUCCUCUCGAUGGAGGAUGACUGGAAGACCCACUGUCACCUUUCCUAUCUCUCAGACCAUGCUCACUGAAGACCACUCUGACCUGGACCCUGCGGUUCUGGCUACUCUGAAGAAGCUACAGGAUGGAUACUAUGGAGGAGCAAGGAUCCAGACGGGGAAGCUCUCUGAGUUCCUGACCACUUCCUGUUUUGCCAAACUCAGCUUCCUGGAUGCCAGUAAGGAUGCGGGCGGCAUGGGCCGGGAACAAGAUGAUGAUGAUGACUAUGGAUGCUUUGCUGAGCAUGACAUGACCUUCAAUGGUGAGGCUGAUGAUCUAGCCCAGUACCUGGACCAGUUGUUGAUCACAGCGAACCCCAGCAGAGGGUCAAAGGUCAGAGGUGACUCUGGAGGGUUGGACAGGUUCAAAGCAGCAGCCACCAAGACCAAGGAUAUGGUGUCUCUGAUGCACAAGGCCAAGGAACUCCACCUACACAAUGCCCACUUGUAUCUCCCCACCAAGCUCUUCCGUGCCCCUCAGCCCUCCCUACACCUCACCCUCACAGAUUCCUCUGCGCCUCACACCAGUCAGUUUCCUCAGGUUGUAGUGACCUCAGAGUGUAACCUGCCCAGAGAUUCCAGUGGUGAUAUAGACUACAAUAGUCUGGUCCAGCUCCUCAGAGACACCCACAGUCUACCAGACCAGGCGGACAUACUGUACAUCCUCUUCAAAGACAAGGGUAUGGAGUGGGACACCAGGCUACAUGGUAAAGGCUCUACAGUCCGCUCCCUGCUGACAGACCUGUAUGUGAAGGCAGGAGACCUCAAACACUGGGGACUCAUACGCAUGAUCUCUGGAAUACUGAGGAAGAAAGUAGAGGAACUCGACUGGGCUUGCUCUGAUUUGUUGGCCCACCAGAAGCACCUGACUGUGGGUCUGCCUCCAGAACCUCGGGAGAAGACCAUCACAGCACCCAUCCCUCCAGACAAGCUGGCCAUGCUGAUAGAUGAAGCUAGUGAGAACAACAUCACUAUAGCCAUCCUCACACAGGAGAUCAUGGUGUACCUGGCGAUGAACAUGCGUACCCAACCCAGCCUGUUCAGUGAGAUGUACAGGCUGCGUAUCGGACUCAUCAUCCAGGUGAUGGCCACAGAGCUGGCACAGUCUCUCAACUGCUCAGGUAAUAACAGUCAUAUUACUAGUAGCAGGAAGUUGGACCCAGAGCUGGCACAGUCUCUCAACUGCUCAGGUAAUAACAGUCAUAUUAAUAAUAGCAGGAAGUUGGACCCAGAGCUGGCACAGUCUCUCAACUGCUCAGGUAAUAACAGUCAUAUUAAUAAUAGCAGGAAGUUGGACCCAGAGCUGGCACAGUCUCUCAACUGCUCAGGUAAUAACAGUCAUAUUACUAGUAGCAGGAAGUUGGACCCAGAGCUGGCACAGUCUCUCAACUGCUCAGGUAAUAACAGUCAUAUUAAUAAUAGCAGGAAGUUGGACCCAGAGCUGGCACAGUCUCUCAACUGCUCAGGUAAUAACAGUCAUAUUAAUAAUAGCAGGAAGUUGGACCCAGAGCUGGCACAGUCUCUCAACUGCUCAGGAGAGGAGGCUACAGAGAGUCUGAUGAGUCUGAGUCCGUCAGAAUUGAAGAUCCUGCUGCAUCACAUCCUCAGUGGGAAGGAGUUUGGAGUGCAGAGGAGCGUGCGGUCUGUAGACGCAGGUGCCAGUCCUGCCAUCUCUAUCCACGAGGUGGGUAAUGUGGGCGCCACCAAGAGCGAGAGGGCAGGCAUCAGCAAGCUGAAGAGUGACAUGAGGAUGUUGGAGGAGCACAGGUUGUCAUGGUCGCAGCAAAGACAGAGCCUAACACCACAUUCGCUGGACAUGGAACAUAUUGAAUCUGGGAGGUACAGGCUCCCCUCCAUAGAGUCUCUGGACGUUCCAGUGAGCACGCCCGUCGUCAAGGAUACGAGGCACGGCCAAUGGCUGCGUAGGAGACGUCUAGACGGAGCACUCAACAGAGUCCCCAUAGGCUUCUAUCAGAAGGUCUGGAAGAUUCUGCAGAAGUGUCAUGGUCUGUCCAUAGAAGGAUUCGUUCUACCAUCUUCAACGACAAGGGAGAUGACUUUAGAUGAGAUCAAGUUUGCGGUGCACGUGGAGACGGUGCUGAACCGGGUGCCCCAGCCAGAGUACCGCCAGUUACUGGUGGAGGCCAUCUUAGUUCUCACCAUGCUGGCAGACGUGGAUAUAGACAGCGUGGGCAGCAUCAUCCAUGUAGAGAAGAUCGUCCACAUCGCCAACGACAUGUUUUACCACGACCAGAAGGACUUGGGAGCAGAGGAGCAGAUCUUAGAGAGAGACCCCUCCACAGGAGUGUGUCGCUUGUUGUAUGACAGCGCCCCUAGUGGACGAUUUGGCAGUAUGACAUACCUCACCAGGGCUGUGGCUGUAUAUGUACAGGACUUUCUGCCCUGUGGCUCCUGUGCCGUGCAGUAGUGUGCUGGCUGUGUCAGAAUACCUGUACCUGCAUUCUAAAGGGGAGGCUUUUUUGGGAGGCUUUUUUUGGGUAUGUGAAAGUAGAACGUUUUAAUAUUAUUUGACAUUUUGAAAAUUGAGUGUGUUUUAAAUGCCAAGAUGUCAUAUUAAUUUGGCCUUUCGUCUAGUAGAAUUCGCUAUAUACUCUAUUGAGGAAGAGAAUCGUCUUUUCACACCCACGUGUGUUUGACAACAGCUGAAAAUCAGAAUAGGGAACGGCGCUCUACAAAAAUGAACGACUGGUGGAAACAAGCCCGAUUGCGCAUUAGAUAAGUAGUAUGUUGAUAUUUGUUGCUUACUGCAUAUGUCUUUACACAGCAGUACGUUCUAAAUAGUAUGUAGUACUGUUAGUACACAAUAUGUAGUUUUAGUAAGUAGGAGGCAUGACAGAUUUCAGACACGGCCAUCCACACACACCAACAUGUACACGCUUAAACACAAACACAAGUGUGAUCUGACAGUUAGACUUAAAAAGCAAUUACUUGAGUGUUCAUUGGGUCUCAUUUUUUAUCUUUUUUUUUGUCCAGCCUGGCAGAUAUUUACAUCCAACAUGGACAACACACUCUCUUGUUUGGUCAGACAAAUAGCACCCUAUUCCCUAUAUAUAUAGUGUACUACAUCAACCAGGCCCCUUAGGGUCCUGUAAUCCUUGCUAACUAUUACUCGAUAACUAGUCAUUGAUAACUAGUAAGUAACUGGUACCUAAUAACUGAUAACUAGUCAUUGAUAACUAGUAAGUAACUGGUACCUAAUAACUGAUAACUAGUCAUUGAUAACUAGUAAGUCACUGGUACCUAAUAACUGAUAACUAGUCAUUGAUAACUAGUAAUUGAGACCUAUAAGAGGGUUAUCACGGGCAGUUUACAGUUCCAUUAUCUGGUUUGUUGAGAUGACUUGACUAAUGUAUAAUCUUCAGGUAGGUCUGCCUCCAUGUGAUAGAUGUUGUGUGUUUCCUAAUCCUGGGGACCUUAAAGGGUGAGCAUUUCUGUUGUUGAACUAACACACUUGACUGAUGGAGGUGUAUUAGUGCUAGGACAAUAACAGAAAUGUGCACCUUGGGUCGCAGGGACCAGGAUUGAAAAACACUGUUGAAACUGAUGCUGCCUGGGUUGUAUAAAUGUCGGACAUUUUGUUUUAUUGCCAGUGUGAAUUCUGGGACAUUUUUGUUUCUGAACCUCAAAAGCCAUAUGCUGUAUUAUGAAGGUGUUGUUUUGGGGAUUGUCACAGUUGCUGUUUUUUGUUUACUAAUAUACAAGGCAGAAAGUAUAACAUAAUAUGCAAAAAAAGGACGAUGUAGAUUUGAUAAGUUACUUAAUUUGAGAAAUGUUUUCUUUUUGUGAUUUAUUUUUACAAGCUCAACUUUUAUAAAGGUUAAGUUAAAUGAAUGUAAUUGGCUUUGCAAGUAUUCGAUCAGAUUAAACGUGAGCCAACAGAACAAACGGUAAUGAAUGUAACUAAAGGUGUGGUUUCUAAUGUCACCCUGUUCUCUAUGCAUGAAACUAUACACUGAGUGGACAAAACAUUAGGAACACCUGCUCUUUCCAUGACAUAGACUGACCAGGUGAAUCCAGGGGAAAGCUAUGAUCCCUUAUUGAUGUCACCUGUUAAGUCCACUUCAACCAGUGUAGAUGAAGGGGAGGAGACAGGUUAAAGAGGGAUGUUUUUAAGCCUUGGGACAAUUAAAGACAUGGAUAGUGUAUGUGUGUGCCAUUCAGAGGGUGAAUGGGCAAGACAACAUAUUUAAGUGCCUUUGAACAGGGUAUGGUAGUAGGUGCCAGGUGCACCGGUUUAGAUGUGUCGAGAACUGCAACGCAAGUCAAUAUUAGGAAGGUGUUCUUAAUGUUUUGUACACUGUAUAUAUACUAUAGCUCAGGAAUGGGGCGCAACAAACUCAAAUGUCAGUUUGUACUCAUAUUUAAAAAGUGCAAUUUGUAUCGGAAUAAAAUCCUUCACAAAAAAAAGUGACAAGAGAUUGGCACCUUGAUGAGUUGAAUAGUUUGUAAAAUGAUAUAUAUGUUCACAGUAGAUGGUGGGAACCUCAAUGUAAUUGGCUACUGAAAGGUUUUACUGUAUCUGUAAGUAAGGAUCACUGUUUGACAAUAAAAUAAAUCAUCUAGAUGAAAUAUUAAAGGCUGUUGCGAGGA